AGGAAAAAGCGAAAUGAGUGGUCAAACCACUUGCAAUGACCGGACGAGAACGUACUGGACCCCAACGAUGGAGCGAUUCUUCAUAGAUCUAAUGCUGGAGCAUUUGCACAGAGGCAAUCGAACGGGACACACGUUCAACAAGCAGGCGUGGAACGAGAUGCUCGGCGUCUUCAAUUCCAAAUUCGGGUCGCAGUACGACAAGGACGUGCUGAAGAGCCGGUACACGAACCUGUGGAAGCAGUACAACGACGUGAAGAGCCUACUUGAUCAUGGUGGUGGCUUCUCUUGGGACCAGACUCAUCAAAUGGUUCUUGCAGAUGAGAGCCUGUGGAGCUCUUACCUCAAGGCUCAUCCUGAGGCACGUGUGUACAAGACAAAACCGGUUUUGAAUUUUAACGAUUUGUGCUUGAUCUAUGGGUAUACUGUUGCUGAUGGGAGAUACAGUAGGUCAAGCCAUGAUUUGGAGGUUGAUGAUGAGGUCCAUGGAGUCAACAUUGGUGAGAGUAGUAGUGGAAAUGUUGUUCUCUCGAGUAAAGAAAGCUCGAAAACCGAGUGGACUCCGGUAAUGGACCAAUACUUCAUUAGCCUCAUGCUUGAUCAGAUCGGAAGAGGUAACAAGACCGGUCAUGCAUUCAGUAAGCAAGCCUGGACAGAUAUGUUAGCUUUGUUCAAUGGUAGGUUUAGUGCUCAAUACGGUAAAAGGGUUAUAAGGCACAGAUACAAUAAGCUGUCGAAAUACUACAAGGACAUGGAAGCUAUAACGAAAGAAGACGGGUUUUCGUGGGACGAGACUCUGCAAAUGAUCGUUGCGGAUGAUUCAGAUUGGGAUUCUUAUGUCAAGGAGCAUCCAUUUGCUAGAACAUAUAGGAUGAGAUCGUUACCGAGUUACAACGAUUUGGAGAUAAUAUUUGGCUCUCUACUUCAAGAUGUCAAAGAUGAUGGUUCGUCUGCACAAAUGAAUGAGAGUAAGGCGAGCCAGGCGCAUAGUUCUGACCGCACGAGGACGUUUUGGACUCCACCGAUGGAUCACUAUCUGAUUGAUUUGUUAGUGGAACAAGUGAACAAAGGGAACAGAGUUGGUCAGACUUUCAUAACGAGUGCUUGGAACGAAAUGGUUACAGCGUUCAAUGCCAAGUUCGUGUCUCAGCACAGCAAAGACGUCCUGAAGAACCGGUACAAACACUUGAGGAGGUUGUACAACGACAUAAAGUUCCUUCUUGAGCAGAACGGGUUCUCAUGGGAUACAAGGAGAGAUAUGGUGACUGCAGAUGACGACGUUUGGAAUACCUAUAUACAGGCACGCCACAUUCUUUCUUAUUUUGAGAUAUCAAUUUUUUGGUUGUUGUGCUAUAAACAGAUGAAUGCACAUCCAGAAGCUAGAUCGUAUCGAGUUAAAACUAUCCCGAGCUAUCCAAAUCUUUGCUUCAUUUUCGGGAAGGAGAUGUCUGAUGGGAGAUACACACGCUUGGCUCAAGCUGUUGAUGCAGAAACUGUGCGGAUGAUUGAAAGUGGAAGCACAGAUGGAUUCAAAGAUACUCUGGUAGAAACUCACAGUUUCCAGAUGGUUCAUGCCAGCGACGAGAAGAAUGAGUACCUCUGUAGCAAUACAGGUCCUCCUUGUAUAGAAUGGUCACAGGUCAUGGACAGAUGUCUUAUAGAUCUUAUGCUAGAGCAGGUGAACAGAGGGAACAAGAUUGGUGAGACAUUCACAGAGCAAGCUUGGGCUGACAUGGCGGAAUCCUUCAAUGCCAAGUUCAGAUCGCAGGCUGACAUGUUCAUGCUGGAGAAUCGUUACAUAUUGAUGAUGAAAGAGCGUGACGACAUCAACAACAUCCUAAAUCUCAGUGGCUUUGCUUGGGAUGAGGAGAAGCAAACGAUUGUUGCAGAAGAUGAAUGUUGGGAAGCAUAUUUUAAGGAGCAUCCUGAUGCAACCAUAUAUAAAGGUAAAACCUUGGAUAGUUACAGCGAUUUGUGCAAGCUAUACGAACAUCUCUCACAAGAAGGCUUUAACUGUGAGAAUCUCAUGAUCGAGUUGGAGAACUAUGGCAAUGAGCUUGAUAUAGUCGAUGACUUUAGUUCGCCACACAAGCAGCAUAGUAAGCGAACCAGAACCAACCCAACAACUCCGCCUCUUGGAUUCAUUGUACAUAAGGCUCUGAAGACUGAGAGAGAGACGAGGAAGCCUCUGUUUGACAAAGAAGGUGAGGAUGAUGAUUGUACAAAGCCCUUCCCUCAGAACGAGAUUUACUCGAGAAUAGGAAAUGCCAUUGACGCACUUCAAGCUUUGCCCGACAUGGACGAUGAGCUUCUGUUGGAUGCUUGUGAUCUUUUGGAAGACGACAGGAAAGCAAAGACGUUCUUGGCUUUGGACAACUCGUUACGUAGGAAAUGGCUAGUCAGAAAGCUUCGUCCUUCAGCUAACAAU